UCGUCAUAAAGUGUCACAAUCAAAAUCGAUUACACAACAAAAUUUGGAAUUUGAGAUAUGUCGUACAUUGCAUAACAGUGGAAGAGAACCUGAAUUAAGAGGUGUCUCAUUAUCUGCCACUUUGAAAAGAUUUUGGUUUAAUAAACU